CACAUGGGCCAACGCUACAAGCCCAUUUAAAAGAGAUCAACGUUGCUGGCACUGAUCGGGUCAAAUCAAAUCAUACCGGACCGGGUCGACACGAUUCGGAUCUUUAAACUCCCGGGCGGAAGAAUGGAAUCAGAAAAUCUCGAGAUCGAACCCUAAGCAAUCGAAAUCAAGGGGAGACGAUUCGAAAUCGAAGCAGCUAGCGAGCUAGAAUCGGAAGACAUCCAUUGAAACUAGAGCUUUCGAUGGCGGAUGGGUUCUGGAACCAGCAGCAGCGACACCAGCAGCAUCCUCCUCCUGGUGGUCCUCCAAAACGCCGCCGUUCCGAUUUCGGCCAUGAGAUGCACGGUGGUGGUGGUGGUUACUUCCCGCGUGAUGAGGAUAUUGAUACAAGAACUAUUGGAUCAGCUUAUGAUCGAUACCUCCAAAGCGUGCAAACGAGUUCUAUGCCAUUGGGAGAUUCAGGUCCUCCUCGUAAUGGUGUAGUUAUGGACGAGUUUAUGAUGAGACGCGGUGGUGGUGGUGGAGUUCACGGUUUAAACGGUCGGGAUAUGGGUUUUGAUCCGAUAGAUUCUGUUGAUAGGCGUAACCGUGAGCCACUUCCUCUACCUCCAGAUGCGUCAAACACUCUCUACGUUGAAGGUCUUCCUUCUAAUUGCUCUAGGAGGGAAGUUGCUCAUAUCUUUCGACCUUUUGUAGGAUAUAGAGAAGUGAGACUUGUGACCAAAGACUCCAAACACCGGAACGGAGAUCCUGUUGUUCUUUGCUUUGUUGAUUUUACAAACCCUGCCUGUGCAGCAACUGCUCUGAGCACCUUACAAGGCUAUCGAAUGGAUGAAAACGACCCUGAUUCCAAGUUCUUACGGCUUCAGUUUUCAAGAAAACCAAGUUCAAGACCGGGACAACGAGGAAGGAGGUGAUGGGGCACUACAUCAACCAAAUGGUAAUUUUAUUGUCUCUGCGUCUGCUGCUGCUAGUCUUUUAGCGAGAAGAGACAUCAUCUUCUUCAAGUAGAAUCUCAACGAAACCGAACAUUACAGCACUUGUUUGUAUUAUUGUAUUGUUAAAGCAAAACCUGAGUCAAGAGAAACAAAUAUAUUGGAGUGUGUAGAAUCUGAGGAGAUAGAAACUUAAAAGGCUAUUUAUAUAUAUUUGGUUCCUUUCCUAGAUUUCAAACUCAUGUUUCAUGUUACAAAGUUGGUAUCAAAUGUUCAUAACAAAAAAAAAAACUUGGUUUUAGA